UCAACUGAAGACAACUCAGCAAGAUUUGUACACAGUUUGCCUGCUGCCGUAUUCAACGCAUCACUCAGCCACGAUGUCUCGUCUUAGCGCCAUCAUCAUUUGCCUCGCACUUGUCUGCAGUGUUUACGGAUUCCAAAAAUCAACAUCCACUUCCUACCAACCCGGUAGUACGGUAAACCUGGACUGCGGCUCUAAGCACUUGAUCGUCGACAAUGCCGUCUUGUUCUUGGACGGCGAAUGCGCCGGAAACGACGGAGACCUGAGAUCACAGAUUGCUGACUACUGCAAGGACAACGGGUCUAGUAACUCCUGUUCUUUCACCCUCGCAGACGUACUCGGAUCGGAACCCGACUCUUGCAUCACCGAGUUCGAGGUCGGCAAAAUAUGUGUUUAAGUCUUCUGAAAGCAUGCCUCGAUGACGUCAUGAAUUGCCAAGGGGUCGUCAUCAUUAGCAACACUUUCGAUUCAUCUCAUCGUCUCUUCAGCCGAACAAACCAGAUCGCACCAUUAAACUGCCCAAUAUGAUAAUCGACCCAACUUUGGUUAUACCUAAUGGGCACACUCAACAGGUCUAUCCAUGGUUGAGACCCUAGUCCAAGAUGGGCUUUAACAAUAACUGUUUCUAGUGUAGCAGUAGUUGGAGUCGGGAUACCAAACAGCCCAAAACACGACCGUUUUGGUACAUUCACACUUGGUGAUUUAAAGUGCGUUUUUACACAUGUUUUCCUUAGCAUUAGUAGUAAGCAAUGGGCUCAUGAACAAGCCUAAAACUCUUUCAAAAUGUUAAUACAAUUUCUAAGGUCCAAUACGCUUUGUGGGUAAUUUACACGCAAAUGAACAAAAUACACCUCACACGUUUAAUGUGAUAGAAAAGUUCCUUAUACACAGAACUUUCUGUACCAAAAAAAAAAGCUAUGCAAAGUUGUUGAUCGUGAGUAUAAAAACUUAUUACAAAUUUGUUAGGGCUGUAGUCUUAAAUUCCAGUAUUUAGAAAAAAAACUAAAUCUACGCAAACUUCACCUUCCUCGUUUUCUUUCCAUGUUGCUAAUUCCUAACAUCAAUUCCUAACAUGUGCACAAUGUAAAACACACACACAAAGUGACUCUUUCAAUAACUUUCCUUUUCAUUUAGGUGUUUAAAUUAUUGAAUCAUAGAAAUUAGCUAUGCAACAGGGUCAUCACGUGACUGAAUUGCUUGGAGGCGGGUCCCCCUUGUAAACGCAUUCUUUUAUGGCAUAUGAAUUCGGUUGGUAAGUUUCCCGUAAUGCAUCUUUAACGUGGGGGUGUUUUUCUGGUUGUGUUUGGUAUCGAUUAUUGAUGUCAUGGCGUCUAAUACGCUAUGGAAGGUUUGCCUACUCUCUAAAUGUAAAAGAGUG